AUGUCGUAUGAAAAAGUAACUGGUCUGCGUUUGUCUGUGGCAGUUCUCACUGUCAGCGACACAUGCUCCAAGGAUAUUUUACUCGAUCAAAGUGGCCCAGUUGCUGAAAGUUUACUCCAGGAGGCAGGAUUUAACGUCCCGUUAAAAGAUUGUGUCCCGGAUGACCCACAUAUUAUUCGUCGCGUAAUUAUGAAAUGGGUAGCUUCUCGUCAAGUAGAAGCCGUACUUACGCUAGGGGGUACAGGUCUGUCUAGAAGAGAUGUUACUUCGGAUAUAAUUAUUGAGUUAGUUUCCCAAAAUCAACGUCUACAUGGUAUUGAGCACUCUCUUUAUUCUAUUUCACUUCAAAAUACCCCGAUGGGUGCUUUAUCGCGAUUUGUAGCUGGAGUAUGUAAUGAAACUCUACUAAUAACCUUACCAGGUAGUACACGCGCAGUUUCUCAGUGUAUCCCAGUUAUUCUUCCAGUAAUGAAACAUGCUAUCCAGCAAAUCAAAGGUUGGGAUCAUCUUGUAAAAUUAGAACAUCCCAUUCAGUAUAAUCUGGAUAAAAGUAUAUUAGAACGCGAAUAUCCUGUCGUUAGUCGUUGUAGACAUUCUAAAUAUCCAAUGAUAUCAGUUGAUGAAGCACUUGAAAAGAUAUUCGCCGUGUGCAGUUUUGAGAUGGGGAUUGAAGCAGUGUUUCAUAAAAAUGCUUUAGGUCGUGUUCUUGGUCGAAGUUUAAAGUCACGUCAGUGCAUUCCUCCUGUUGAUGCGAGCAUGAUGGACGGAUAUGCUGUUCGAUUUAUGGAUGGUGCUAGUCAACUAAAAGUUGUUGGUGCGUCGUAUGGUGGGGAUCAUAUGUGUGCAGGUAGAGAGUUAGUUGUUACUCCAGGCACAUGUGUUCGUGUUAGUACUGGCAGCCCUAUUCCCUCUGGAGCUGAUUGCGUUGUUCCAAUAGAGAACACCAAACUUAUCUCUAAACGAAAAGGUGAACCUGUAGAUCUUUAUUUAGAAGAGGAAGACACGAUUGAAGUGACUAUUCCACCUGGAAGUAUUGGGCAGUUCAUUCGUCCAGCUGGUGUCGAUUUAGACAAGAACUUUGUUUUUAGGCGAGGACUACGCCUUGGUUCAACAGAAUUAGGGUUGAUUUCCGGUGCAGGUUUGCUAACACCUUGGCCAUCUAAUCAUGCAGAUUAUGUCAAGGCAAAUGAAGGUCCAAUUCCUUACGCGGUUUUAGAUCGUCUUUUGCAAGGCGGAUACCUACCCUGUCUAGAGCAAUGUCGCAUUGGUGUCUUAUCGACUGGAAAUGAGGUUUUAGAUUGUGUUGUUUCUGAAACAAAGCCUUUUGUGAGAGACAGUAACCGCCCUGUUUUAAUCAACCUACUGCACAAACAUAAUUAUUUUAAUGUUGUAGAUUGUGGGAUUUUAACCGAUGAUCGAAAAUCCUUAAGAAUGGGCUUGUCCAGGGCUUUAACCUUGUGUGAUAUUCUUAUCACAACAGGCGGCGUAAGCAUGGGUGAACGUGAUAUGGUUAGUAAGAUACUAAUCGAAGAUUUUAAUGCAACUCUCCACUUCGCUCGAGUGUUUAUGAAACCAGGGAAACCAACAACAUUCUUAUCUAUACCUCAUCAUGAUAAUUCAGCCAUCGCCGCUUCUACUACCACUAAACCAAAGCCUGUGUUAGCAUUUUGCCUACCAGGUAAUCCUGUGUCAUGUUAUGUAACAGCGCAUCUAUUUGUUUUGCCCUUAUUAAGGAAGUUGAACUUACGACCUCUUGAAGAAUGGUGCUUUCCAAGUAUUCAUGUACGGUUGUUACAUUCUGUUAAACUGAGUGAUCGUCCAGAUUACAGACGUGCCAGAUUAGUUUGGAAAGAGAAUUCAGAAUAUAACCAACCUUCCGUACCUUGUGCAUCUUGUGAUAUGA